AUGGGCUCAGUCACCUACCACAAUGGCAUAUCUAUCCUGGAAUUGAUCGCCUACCUUCCAUCUUUCUUUGUGGCCAAUUCCCUAGUCUACCGCCAUGGUCCCCUCGACUGGUCUCUAUACAACAGCUGCAAUUUGCAGUUCUAUAGGAUUGUCCCCACUCCUGAUGGCAUGCUCAGGUCUACUUUCAAGGGCAAGCCUUUUCUCACAGGCAACAGAAAUGAAUCUAUGUCUCGUCCUCUUAUUCACAUGUUUGCUUUUACCUUCUUCCGAGCUGUCACCAUUGGGGCUUUGCUCUUUACUGUCUCCGGACUAACAUGGAAUAUGACACUGGACGUGCUGAAGCAUCCGAAUGUAGUGGUCAAGGUCGGCAUGAUUUUAUACCUUGUCAGCUGGUUUAUCAUGUGCAUGUUCCUUGGUAUUCUUUUCCUAUACCACUCUUCAAUUAAAAAUGGCGAGAACCUUACUUUGGUAGCUGUGGCCAUUUCGGCUCCGUUUAUACUUGUGCGCAUCAUUUACGCUAUACUGCUGUUCUUUCUUGCCAACUCCACCUUUAACAUGACCGACGGUAGCAAUACCGUUCAGCUGGUCAUGUCUGUGUUUGAUGAGCUCAUUGUUGUUUUUGUUUGCUUGGCUGUCGGCUUUACUUUGAGGGUUCGGGAAAAGCACUGGGAGCCUGUUCCAGGUCUUGAGGUUGCAUGA